AUGCCUACCACAGAACAGGGAGAAGCUCUAUAUCGGGCACGACUCGAGCGAGCAAGGAAGGCCAAGGAGCUCUACGAGCGUACUGGCGAAGUUGUAUACCAGCCACUCGUGGACCCUAAGGCUGCAGAUCCCAACAAAGGGUCGUCUGCUGGACUCCCAGGACUGGUAGUCUGGCAGUGGUAUGGCCCCUGGACUCUGAGAAGAGAGUUUGAAAAUCGCUAUGCAAUCAUGAGUGAUCCUGCGUUGAUUAUCCACGGCGAUAACUGCAUGAAUGCGGCUUCUGCAAAAAGGCAUUUUAAGUCGAUUCCUACCGAGAAGAAGAAGCUUAUCUGGAAUAACGAAGUCUCGCACUUCCAGCAUUAUAAUCAGCCAGAUUGUGUGGAUCGCAAUGUUGGCGAUAUCGCUGCUUGCUUCUCUCAGAUCGACUAA